GUGUCGCUGACGGCCGCAAGGGAGCACGUGGGUUCCCUGGAAGAGGUCCACUUCGUCCUGUUCGACCGCGAGACGUGGGAUGCGUUCCUGGAGUGCGCCAAGUCCAGAUUCAAGCGACCCCCCUCGCCGCCGGACGCCCCAGACCCGCCGUGCAAGCGCCUCCGACUGGAUGAGGGAGAGGGGGAGAGCGGGGAAGGCGACGCGAAAGAGGACGGGAGCAAUCGGGAGGAGGAAAAGAGGAGAAGCGGCGAAAAAGACGACCGAAAAAGGGAUGAUGGAAAAGAAAGAUAA